GGCAGGAGCAGCGCCCAGGGGGAAAGGAGCCAGCAAGAGCUGGAGGUGGGGGGGCACGCGAGGGCAGAAGGCCAAUUGGGAGCCGAGGCCACGGGUGACCUGCGAGGCAGCCUGAGACGGCCGAAGCGAGACCACCUCGAAGGGGAAGUGCCGGCCUGGCAAAGCGCAAGGCACGAAAGGGAGGCGUGGGCGGCGAGGCUGGCCGGGCCUGAGACGGGGCGGGGAAGCCACAGCCCGGCGGCGGCGGCCAGGGAGAGACGGCGAGCGCCGGGGGCAAGAGGAGCACUCGCCAGGAGGCUGGAGGAGGCAGAGCAGUUCAGCCGCCCAAGGCCGACGAAACGGAGCGAGGCACGCUGGCGGGACGAGGGCCGCGAAGACGGACCCGUCCAGGGCGGAGGGGGCGGAGAGCCACUGCCCAGGGCGAGGCUGCGGGCGAUGCGGCCCAGCAGCAAAAACCUGCAGAGAGCCAGCGCACCGACGCGAAGCGGCCGGUGGCGCCAGGGGUGGGCGCCUUCGCCCGUGGGCGGCAGAUGCGAGGAGGGGAGGAGGAGGAGGAGGGAGGAGGGAGGAGGGAGGAGGGAUGCUAUGGAAUGCUAUGGAAUGCUAUGAAAGGGACAAAUGUCCAGCAGGCUCCCCAGGGUGGCGCAGGUACCACUUCCGCCACCUAGGAGCCAAGACCCGACUGAGCUUAAGUCGGAGUCACCACCAAAAAGACCUCCCCUCGAGAUCAAAAAAGGACGCAGCCUGCCCGCAAAUGAGCGAUAUGCCAUCGCCGAGGCUAUCCGUGCGCGGCAAGUGCGCUCCCGCCUCCGCCUCAAAAAGGGGAGGCACGCCUUGACCCCGAUGGCAGCAACAACGCUCGCGGGCGCACACGCGCCACCACACGCGACAGCGGCGUCGGGGAUCCACCCAUCCGACACCUGGCCGCCGCCGCGGGCCCGGGCCCGGGGCUGGAGACCAUGCUCCGGAGACCAAGCUCCGCCCCUGCCCGCUGCCCACCACCCCCCCGCCGGGCGGGUAGACAGGGGAAGGACUGCAGAACCCCAGAGAGAGGAGGAGCCAAGAGAGGGGGGGGGGCGAGGGCCCCAGAAGGGGGAGGGACCCCAAGUAAGACGAGCCGCAGGGACCCCGCGCCAGGGGGGCCUGGCAAACGGGGGGCAUCCCGAGCCCGCCCCACCCAGAGCCCCACCCCCACCCAGGGACAGCCAAGCCGAAGAGCGAGGAGAGCCAAGGAGCCAAGGAGCGGAGGAGCGGGGCACAGUCCCCCCCCGCCGACCCCCCCAACAGGGGGGUGGCUGCCGAUCAUCGGGCCGGCUACCCAGGGGGAUUUCAGUUCCCCGAGGGACCUGGCGUGCCCCCCCCACGCGCAGGUGCCCCCCCUCGGGGCGAGGAGGGAGGAGGGAGGAGGGAGGAGGGAGGAGGAGAGGAGGGAGGGAGGAGG